AUGCAGGUUGCAAACGUAUAUAACACCAUCCACGGGUACCACAACAAGCCUGGGUACGUGUCCAAGGUCAAGCUACGUGUGCCAGGAUGCGCCGAAAAGCCGGCGCACGUGACGCACGAGUUGAUGCACGUGCUAGGCUUCUUCCACGAGCACCAACGCAUGGACCGCGAUGAACACAUCGUUGUGCGGUACGAAAACAUGAAGGAAGGCACUAAUAUUAUUGAUUAUCAUGUGCAAUAUAACGAGACACUGGGGCUGCCUUACGACAUCGGCUCCAUUAUGCACUAUGGUCCUCGAGGGUCACGUAAAGACCAUCACUCCAAAACCAUAGAAGCCAGGCCUGGGGAGCCCUCCUCCUCACUCAUGGGCCAAAGGACUAACCUCAGUGUUAUUGACGUGGCCAGGGUCAAUCGUCUGUACCGGUGUACCGAACAUUACCUGGGUGACGACCUGCCCGGAGCCCAGCGCUACCAAGAGUGGGUCAACAGCCACUGA